AUGGAGCUAAACUCUACCUAUGAACUUCUAAAAUCAAUUUGUCAUCUUUCAGUGCUGAAUUCUCAUCCAAAUACGUCAGAAAACUCAGAAAGUGGAGACUGUGAAGAUGAUAUAGACUUAUUAAUGGCAGACGCUCCUAUUUGUGACCCAUUAUCAUUUGCUAGUAAAGAUGCUCUUUUUAUUCCAGAUUUUCAUAGGGCUUUUUCAGUCAGUUUAACCCCAAUGAUGAACCCUAUUCAUCUAACUCCUCCACCCUAAACAAGAAAAACCAUUGGGAAAAAUUCCUAUUUUUUGCACAAAUACCCACCCUCUAUGAAUGAACAAAAAUAUUUUAAUAUAAAAAUUUUUAUUAAAAAAUAAUUGAUAAUUAUUAAUGAAUUUAAGCUAAUUCUAUUUAUAAAUUUUGCAAAUUAAAUUAAUUUUACUCCUCGAUUUUUUAGAAUCGAGUUUCGAAAAAAAAAUAAUUUUACUAUAAAAUUUUUAUAUAAAAAGAAAAUUAACCCCUCUGUGAGCGACAAAAUUUAUUCUUCGUUUUGGAGGUGGGAAGUAAAAGAAAAGCUUUAUUUUACUGAAGUCGUGUAUCAGAGCACUAAAAAAAGUUAUGCUUCAUUAAUAUGCUUUACAGAUAUUGGGUUUAUUUUGUUAGUGAUUGAAAAUUCGUCCCAUAGAUGAAUGGAAAAUGUGUUUAAAAUUUUAAAUGAUUAUAUUGAAGAUGGGAUUUGUGAAGUUGUAAAUGCCCUUUAUAAGUAUAGAGAAGUACAAAUUGGGAUAUUUAAAUCAGGGAUGUUGGUUCCAUAUCGACGUUUUUAUGAAUUAGAUACUAAAUAA